CCUCAUUUAGUUCUGUGGGCUCAGUGUAAAUCUGUUAAGAGAGACGGCUGUGAUUUAAUGUGACACAAAGGACGAAUCGAGGUGAGGAGGAGCUGUUUCCAAAACCACUAACGUCUCGUGAAUUCUUAAGCCUCUCUCGCGUAGUACACUCAGGGAUCGCGGCUUUCUUUAAUUCAAAACGCUUUCAUUUGUUCAGCGCUUGAUUUCGCACAAGACCGGUCCUUUACAUCUCCCGAGUCACUUAAUGCUAGGCUGUAGUCGCGCAGUUAGGUUUCGUAAGUUAAACCCAGGCGGAGAAAGUGACGCCGGUGCGGGACAGCGCGUGCUUCAUCGCGCGAGAGCACAGCAGCAGCAGCAGCAGCAGCCUCACUGCAGCGGGACAGGUGCAUCCACGCGCAAUCCGUCACACACACCGAAACUGAGCCCGAGCGUGGAUGUGCAUGCAGUGACAGACAUGUCGGUUGGCUGGAAGCGUGCUUGAGCGGGGGGACGCUAACAUCAGCUGUGUUUUCUUCAUGAGGUGUGCAGUCAUGGUUCUCAAAGGGCUGAUCUUGUUGUUGCUGCUGGUACAGUUCUCUGCAGAGAGCACUGCCAAAGAAGGAGGCAAACCCAAGAAGGGAAAAAAGGGCAAGCAAGUCAUCUGUCCCUCUCAGUUAUCAGCAGAGGACUUGGACAGAGUCCCAGCCAACUCAACCAGCAACAUACUGAACCGUUUGUUGAUGACAUAUGAUUCACGAAUACGACCAAACUUCAAAGGCAUCCCAGUGGAGGAUAAGGUGAACAUCUUCAUCAACAGCUUUGGGUCGAUCCAGGAGACCACAAUGGAUUACCGUGUUAAUAUAUUCCUGCGCCAGCGCUGGAAUGACCCACGGCUACGGUUACCAACUGAUUUUAAGUCAGAUGCAUUGACCGUUGAUCCAAAAAUGUUCCAGUGCCUGUGGAAACCAGAUCUGUUUUUCGCCAAUGAAAAAAAUGCUAAUUUUCACGACGUUACACAGGAAAACAUACUCUUGUUCAUUUUCCGCAAUGGAGAUGUCCUUAUCAGCAUGAGGUUGUCUGUCACUCUUUCUUGCCCUCUGGAUCUAACACUGUUUCCUAUGGACACCCAGCUCUGCAAGAUGCAGUUAGAGAGCUUUGGCUAUACCACGAAGGAUCUGGUGUUUAUGUGGCAGUCGGGAGACCCUGUUCAGAUGGAUGAGAUUGCUUUGCCACAGUUUGAUGUAAAGCAAGAGGACAUUGAGUAUGGAAAUUGCACAAAGUUCUACCCGGGAACAGGUUAUUAUACUUGUGUGGAAGUCAUCUUCACUCUCAGGAGGCAAGUGGGCUUUUAUAUGAUGGGUGUUUAUGCUCCCACCCUGCUGAUUGUCGUCCUAUCAUGGCUGUCCUUCUGGAUCAACCCAGACGCCAGUGCAGCUCGAGUCCCCUUAGGUAUUCUGUCAGUUCUGUCACUGUCAUCCGAGUCUAUGUCUCUGGCAUCUGAGCUUCCUAAGGUCUCCUAUGUGAAAGCCAUUGAUAUCUGGAUGAUAGCCUGUUUGCUGUUUGGUUUUGCCUCUCUUGUGGAGUACGCUGUGGUUCAGGUGAUGCUGAACAGUCCCAAGCGCAUUGAGGCAGAGAAGGUAAAGAUGGCUCAGAAAGAGAAAGCAAGAGAAAAAGAGAACAAAACACCAGCUAAAACUAACAGUGCCAAUGGCACCGGUGGGACACCUAUACAUGUCAGCACACUACAGGUUGUGGAAAACCGCUGUAAGAAGGUGUGUACUUCAAAAUCUGAUCUGCGCUCAAACGAUUUCAGUAUUGUCGGUUCUCUCCCACGAGAUUUCGAACUCUCAAACUUCGACUGUUACGGCAAGCCUAUUGAGGUCACAGAUGCUGCCGGCAAAUCACAGAACAAGAACAACAAGAAGCCGGCACCUCCAAAACCCGUCAUCCCGUCUGCUGCUAAACAGAUUGAUCUCUAUGCUCGAGCUCUGUUCCCUUUCACCUUCCUUUUCUUUAAUGUUAUUUACUGGUCUGUCUACCUGUGACCAUGACAGAGUGUAAGUGUGUGUGUGUGUGUGUGUGUGUGUGUGUGUGUGUGUGUGUGUGUGUGCGUGCGUGCGUGUGUGUGCUUUUACGUUGAUGAGGGUGAUAAUCAAGCAUGAACAAAGUGUCAAAAUGUUCAUCAUUUUCAUUCUUUAAUGUCUGUUACUUUGGUCUGCCAGCAUAGUCCUGCUUAUUUGUAUCUCUCCUUAUAAGUCGCUUUUUUGAAAUGUGUAGCUUUAAUACGAGCAAACUUUGCAGCAUGACUUUACAGUGUGUUCAGCCAUGUUUGGCCAAAGUGCUAGAUAGUGAUUCACUCCAUGAUGUUCCAUGCCAAAACAACCAUAAAUGUCUUUUGUUUAUAAACUCAGGCAAAACAAUUGCUUAUGGCAAGAAAGACUGUAUCAGAUCUUGACACAGACAGCAUGCCGUAUUCAUGAUGGGCUUAUUGCAUAUGAGUCUGUAAUAACAAGGGAUGUAACUGCUGUUAUUGAGCCAUACAAUAAAGAUCCUUCAUCAGCUACAUUCUGAUUUCUCCAUCUUAUCAAAUGUAUACGAUUUUACUAUUUUUUUUAUAUUAUUUUAGUCAAAAUCUGCCAUUGAUAUGCUUCAUGUCACUGUAGUACUUCCAUACUAAUUUACAACUUCUUCCCUUUUGAACAUCCAAUGACUCUUUUUUGCAUUGUUUAUAUUGCAUA